GCUGGGGAUGGUGGUUGGUAACGAGGCGCUUAGUUCAUCGUCGGACGGAAUCUCGUGGAUCGCUUACCACGGUACUUAUCAGUUUUCAAUUUGCGCUCCGCGACGCCGCACUCAUUAAAUCGGUUCGCAGCACCGCCGACUUGUUCCAGAAGUUUGAGAAUUGCGUUCGCGCCAAUUUGGAGUUUCGCGAUAUUCGCGCGGGGUGAUAAUUAAUAACACCGGAGGAGUUCAUCGCAUUUUACUGAAUAUCAAGUGAAUUGUCGAAAAUGUGGCUGAAACUGUUCUGCCUGCUGCAGUCCGUCCUGCUGGCGCUGGGCAUCUCCCACUAUGCCCAUCCCGCCGUGUUGGAGAACGAAGCCCAGGAAGCGCUCCUGCCGGACUAUCUGCGCCAUCCCUUCUAUAGGACGCCACGGGUUGCCAACGCAUUGGCCCGUUUCAGCUGGAUCGGCCCCGGAGAGGAACUGGUGCGGGAGCGGCAUGCCGAGAAAAUUUCCCGACUCGAGAUCUACAACGUGCUGACCCACGCCGGGUUCAUUCCACGGAGAUUGCAUAGCUUCAGACGCUGAAGAAUUUGGCAGAAUGCCAUACCCGUGCGAGCGAUACUGGGAAACGUCCGUAGCAACAAUCGGUGGAAAUUGAUUGAUCUUUCGUUAUGGAUAAUAUUUGUACAUAAAGAUCGCAUUUGCAAUAAUAGUUGAGUUAAAAUUAGCAAAUAAAUUUGUUUUAUGAUAAGAUUGAUAUAUAAUUAUACAAAACGGCAAUAUUUUAAAUCAAUUUACCUGCAUAUUUUUAGUCAUCCAGUGAAUGUUGUAUAAAUAUCGUAUUUGUAGUUAAAUAAGGAAUAAAUAAGAUUUCAAUCUAAAUAGAA